AUGAAUUUUGUAUUCACACUUUUACUAAUUCUUGCCAUAAACCUAUGUAAAACUUGGAUUCUUCACAACCCAUUAAUUUUAAACAGCUAUUAUUUCAACUCCAGAGGUGUCGGACAAUUGUUUAGCAAAAAGAAGGUUGGCCGGGUGUUGGUAACUCUCGAAUGUAGUAUAUCACGCAAACUUGGUGUUCCUCCUUCUAGAUAUUACACAACUAAGAAUAAAGUCAAUACACCUCAGAGGCUUGAAUUAAUGAAGUACAACAAAUACUUAAGGAAGCACACACUUCACAAAGAAAUACGUUAA